AUGGCUUCCAAGGCUUUGCCCCUGCUGGGCUUCCUCCUCAUCGCCAUGCUCCUCGUCUCCGCCGCCGUCGACGCCACGGACACCAAGGAGAAAGAAACAAGUUUGUUCUUAUCCCCACCUCUCCCCCUCCCUCACAUAUCGACCUCGCUGUUGCUCCCAUUCUGCUGAGACUCCACGUUUCAGGAGCUCCCAGAGUUUCUCAGGCUAACGCAGAAGCUUUUUCAUUGCCAUGCUACUGAGACUCCACGUUUAAGGAGCUCCCAGAGUUUCUCAGGCUAACGCAGAAGCUUUUUCAUUGCCAUGCUACUGAGACUCCACGUUUCAGGAGCUCCCAGAGUUUCUCAGGCUAAUGCAGAAGCUUUUUCAUCCCCAUGCAGAGAUCUCCAUCGACCAGCGCGGGGGCGGCUACCCGUACCGUGGUGGCGGCCGCGGCGGCUACCCAUACCCCGGCGGCGGUGGCCGGGGCGGCUACCCGUACCCCGGCGGCGGCGGCGGUGGCUACCCUUACCCGGGCGGAGGCGGCGGCGGCGGCGGCUACCCUUACCCGGGCGGAGGCUACCCGCCCUGGCGGCGGUGCCGUUACCAUUGCUGCGGUAGGUACGGCCACAACUGUUGGUGCUGCAGCCGGAGGGAGUUCGUGGCUACCGCGGAGAAGCACAACUGA